AGCAAAACAAAGCAAAAGCAAAACAAAAGCAAACCUAAGAAAACCUAAAGCACAAAAGCAAAACAAAAGCAAAACAAACCUAAACAAAAGACAACACAGAGAGAAAUCACAAGCAACAACAAUGUGGCCAUGGAAUGAACCAGAAAAGAAACAAAAAACGGAAGCACCCGUGAAACCAGUAAAGCCAGAGAAUGAUCCCUCCGACUGCAUGCCGGAUCCAGUCUAUGUUUCACCGGUGCUGGCAAUUGCUUCCGGCGCGGGGAUAGGAAUGGGAGUUACAGCGAUUGCAGCACCGAUCCAGUUCUUGGUCCGCAACGGAGUGGCUGGUGGUCUCUACGGACUUGGGCUGUACUCCGGAAUGAGGUUUCUGCAUCAAGAAGAGCCGGUGCCGUCCUAUGUGUGCUUGCUAGGCUGGGGUGCUGGGUUUGGUUCCGGCUGGGAAGCAUUCAUAGAUCAUGCUUCCAAAGCGAAACCUCAGCCUUGGUCGACGGUCGCCAAGGCUGGUGCUACUCGCAGUCUUCUCGUGAUGAGCUUGUACGUGUCAUUCCAUACGUUCCUAGGGGAUGGCAAAUACAGCGCUCAUCGGGAUCACAAGAACUGAUGACGAGAACUUGCAGUUCAUCAGCAAUCAACUUUCCAGAGUUUAUUCCGGUGUUCCGAGAAAUGAGAUCGGGUGCGGACGACUGCUUUCAAAGUAUUCCUUUCCCACAAUGAUGAAUGUAUCCAAAACGAAUGAAUAAAAUAGUAAAACGACCAGUGUCAAAAAGAGGAUAGAAGAGGUGUGCUUUUAGACGGCGUAGCCAGUCACUGGCCUGCGGU